AUGGUGUACCGGGGGAAGCCAGGUCUGGGGUGUGCCUUAUGCAGGACACGACGACUAAUCUGCGAUCGACGUCGCCCGGGGUGUACACAAUGCCUGAGGGUCAACCAGGAGUGCUCAGGGUAUCGCGAUCCCAACGUUCUAAGAAUCUGCGACCAAACGGACGAGAUUACAGUGAAAGUCGAAGGUCGUGGGACGAUCGCCCGAAAACAACGCAAGUCGCCUUCUUCGUCAAAGUCUCCUUCCCCAGCCUCUAUACUCCCUCCGCCAACCACGAUCGACGACCAGGUCAUGUCGCAUAUCUUCACUUACUACGUCGGUACAACGCGAGUCCAGGGUCUUCUCUCCUACCUGCCCCACCUGCUAAACACCGACCCGUCUCCUGCACUCCAAGCCACGAUCAAAGCUGCAGGGCUAGAAAGCAUGGCGAGAAUCAACCGACUUCCCGAACUGAAGCGCGCGGCAGGGGAGCAAUACGGAAAAGCCCUGAUUGCCACUAACAACGCACUACGAGACCCAAUAUCGGCCAAAUCUGACUCCACUCUAGGGGCUGUUAUAUUGCUCGGUAUGUAUGAGUUGAACACAUUCCCGAGUCCAAUGCGGGGCUGGUCGCAGCAUGUUCGCGGAGCCACAAAGCUUCUUGAACUACGUGGGAUGGACCAGUUGAACUCAGCAACGGGAAUUGAGUUGUUCAGACUGGUGCGUUUGCAGAAUGCAAUUAGUAGCAUUUUCAGGAGAUCUCAGAGGUACAACUCACCAAAGAUAACAGCCCUUACGAACGUAGCACGAGCCCAGAAAGACCAAACUUCACAGCCAAUGGAGACAUUCUGCGACAUACUGAUUCAGCUACACGACCUGUCUAUCGAAGUGGACAGCGCAGUAUUGGCUGACGAUUCCAUCGACACCCUGAGCAUACUAAUCUGCAAGGCCCUCCACCUUGACACUGACCUGCGGUCCUGGGCCAUGUCACUCGGUCCGCAUUGGCAAUACGCCGUCGUUGACACACACAGUAAUCGCAGAUCUCUCCCGCAAAUCCCACUUCAUAGCGACACGUAUCACGUGUACAAGACCGUCGGGACAGUCUCAAUGUGGAAUCAUUACCGUCAAACCCGGAUCAUAAUACACGAAAUGAUCAGAUCAAUGGCUCUACGUCUCUGGGGCCUACAAGGAACAUCAGAAUGCCAACAGAUUGUGUUCGACUCGAUAGACAUUAUCAAGCUAAUGACGCACGAUAUCUGCGCUAGUGUUCCAUACCACUUUGUAUCUGGGGAGGUGACAUUCACAGCUGUGGUUCGCCUGCUAUGGCCUCUGUUUGUGGCGGGCGACUGUGCGAGUUCAGAUCCCGCCACGAAGGAAUGGAUCGUCCAGACUUUGGAGCACAUUGGAAAUACGACGGGAAUUCAGCAGGCCCUUGGUAUGGCGAAGAUGCUCAGGAAUGGACAUACGAGGAGCUUUAUUCCGGGGACGUGA